CCUUUGUUCUCUUCCAUUCUCUUUUGCAGUUCGUUCCCUUCCCCGGCGAGCCCACCGCCGCAGCGACAUCUCGCGUGCCACCGAGGCGCCGGAGUUUGAUUAUGGCAUCCAACGAUGGUGAGGGUGGAGAAGAAGGUUGGGAGGCAGCGGUGCGAGCGGAGGUGGGCGGUGCGAGCUGGUGGGACGAUCCAGACGGCGCCGACCUCCACGCCAGGUUCAAGGCCUUCACGGGGCAGCGCCGCGACUGGCCCGAGCCCAAGCUCCUCUUCUGGAAGGACCUCCUCCUGCGCAUCGCCCGACGCCUCCGACUCUGCUCCGCCCCCGCCCACUUGGUGACGAGCGUUUGGUUUGCCCGCCCCGGAGGCAUCACGCCGCUCUGCUUGCCGCAAGUUCUGGAGGAGAUGCGUGCCGAUGGGGAGAUACUGCUUAAAUCCGAGCUAAUUGUUCCGACCGCAGGCGGCUUGUAUCAGCUGGUCAGGAGGGUAAGCCAGAUGGCUAUCUCAAGGCGUCCGAUUGUACAGGAGGACAUCCUUGUGUUUAGAUCUUUGGUUGAGGAACGGUUUGAGGACAUUGCUACGCAGCUGAGAGGCUCCCAUUGGACAUCAACAUGUGUCAUUACUAUGACUAAAUUCAAUAGCUUCUUUUACGGACGGGAGGAUGCUCAUGCAGCGUUGUGUUACUUGACGCAAAGUGGGAAAACAUGGUAUCUUGCGAUCAGGAAGGAAGACCCAGUCGAGCUUCAGGGUGUGAAGUUUCCACUUGUCUCUGCUCAUGCUCCUGCCGUCUCGAAGUUUGACUGUGAUACAUUACACUUAGUUUGGCAAGAAGAGAAAUUGCAGCAGCAGUUUGAUGUGCUUGAUCGCCGAUGGGAAAUUUCAAGGAGAGCGGCGUUAAUGUCCUUCAAGGCCGGAGACAAACAGGGUGCUUUUCGUUAUGUGAGGCAGUCUAAAUUAUUUUCAGAAAGCAGGAACAAAUGUGCACAACUAUUAGAGAGGGUUGAAGAAGUUAUAAGCCUGAUUGCUAGUGCUGAAUCAACCAAACAGGUUUAUGAAGCAAUCCAAAUUGGUAUGAAAGCAAUGAAGGAGCAUAAUGUCAGCAUGGAGGACAUUAAUACCCACCUAAAGGAGGUUGAUGACCUUGUUGCAGCACAAAGAAAAAUUAACACUGCCUUAGAAUCAGCGCCUUUGGAUUCAUUGGCUGAUGAAGAAGAUAUAGAAGAGGAAUUCAGAAACCUCGAAGCAGAAUUGGAAGAUAAGGUUUCUCCUGUGCAUGUUGAAGAACCAGAACCAGUUUUACAUGCAAAUGACGAUUCACCUGAUGAAACUGUCGAGUCACUGAGCAAUAACCUGUCAAGCAUGAAACUUGGGGCCAUGUAAUGCUCUUUUUUCUACUUGUUGAAUGUGACAUGUACAUCAUGUGAUUUGGUAUGUUUUGGCCUAUCAACAUGUAAUGUAUGCCUUCUGAUAACUAAUAUGAGUGACAUGAACUUUUAUUUGUGAUAACUAAUAUGUGUGCCAGGAA